GGGUCGUUGUGGAUGGCGCGGAGUGAUGAAAGAUCCCAGCACGGCAAAAAGCGCGCCGCAGAGGGUGACCCAGAUGGCGCGCAACCACUAACCAAGAGAUUUAAUCAACUUCAAUUAGGUAUGUUCUCCCUUUCACACAAUGUUCCGCCGAGCCCCGGUGCUCGGGCCAGAUACCACGAGGAUCCAACUUCAACUUCAAUGACAACUUCAACUCCAAAUUCAACGCCCCUUCCAGUCUACCCACAGGUCCAAGGCAAUGAAAAUGAGUCGAUGCUUCUAGACGACACAGAACACACCACCUAUAUAUACGACCUAGAUCGAGAAUUGGCUGAUUCCGAUUCCCCGCCCGGUGCUUUAGUCCUCUUGCCUCUAGCAGAGCGUAUGCUCGCCGUACCCGAUUCCGUCCUUUCAGAUGAUUCCAAACAAGGGAAGGAGCUGGUUCUUUACUCCGAUCCAUCCUCGCUUUCCGUGCCGAGAGAGCAAGAUAGCGUAAGAAGGGCGAUAAUAGAGUCAAGAGCCAGAGCCAGGGCCAAAAAGACUCAACUGCAACAGCUUUCCCAUUCAAACGAUACAUCACAUACAUCACCUUUGACAUCGGCGCCUCCAUUAUACUCCAUUUCACCUUCGGACUCGGCUAAUAUCUGUGAUGAAGAUCUAAUGGACAUCGAUGGAUAA